AUGAAGAAGAUCUUCGGCCUCGGGAGUCGGCGGGGCGGGGCGCCCCGGGGCUUCCUCAGCAGCCUGCUGAAGGUCCGGGGGAACAACAUCAGCUGUGAGACUGUUGACACGGACAGCGUCUUCUCGGAGCCCAACUACCACAUCCGAGACCGCCAUCUCGGCAAGAUCCACAGAGCCGCCUGCCAGGGUGAAGUGGAAAAAGUGGAGAUCCUCUUGCUGAAGAAAAAAAGUGGCGUGGAUGAGCGGGAUAAGAAGAACAGGACUGCCCUGCAUUUGGCCUGUGCCCUGGGCCAUGCAGACGUGGUAAGGCUCCUGGUGGACAGCAAAUGCCAGCUUGACAUCCGUGAUGACGAAAACAGGACAGCUCUGAUGAAGGCUGUACAAUGCAAGGAAACAGAAUGUGCAUUUGUUCUGUUAGAAAAUGGUGCGGAUGCAAAUGCUAUGGAUGACUAUGGCAACACUGCUCUGCACUAUGCUGUGUAUAAUGGGCAUACAGAAUUGGUGACAAAACUGCUUUCACAUGGUGCAAAUAUCGAAGGAAAAAACAAGGAAGAGCUCACACCACUUUUACUUGCUAUAAAUCGAAACCAACUUGCAAUGGUGGAAUUUUUAAUAAAGAAAAAUGCCAAUGUAAAUGCAAUCGAUAGCUUUGACAGAAAUGCCCUCAUACUUGCAGUAUGUUCUCGAUCAGCAGAUAUAGUUCAUCUUCUUCUUCAGCAAAAUAUUGAUGUCUUUUCUCAAGAUAUAUUUCGAUGCACUGCAGAAGAUUAUGCCAUUGAUAAUGGUUUUGAUGAAGUAGUGGGCAGCACCUUGUUCUUGGCCUCUCAAUCCUCCCACCUCAGCCUCCCAGGUAGCUGGGACUACAGGCAUGCGCCACCAGAUGCAUUUCUUUCAUGUCAAGCAUUAUUAGAACAUAAAAGAGAUCACUGUGAACGACUUACAAGAGAAAUGGAAAAAAUGGAAAAUACAGUUCGUGUCCUACAACAGGAGCUAUCUGAAACAAAAGAAGUCAAAUCACAGUUAGAGCAUCAAAAAGUAGACUGGGAACGAGAACUCUGCAGUUUGAGAUUUACCUUAGAACAAGAAAAAGAAAAGAGGAGAGUUGUUGAUACAAGAUACCAAAAACUGGUGGAAAAAUUAAGAAAGAAAAAAGAGCAAUACAGGAGUGAAGCUGAAAUGGAACAGCAGCUUGAACAGACUAUGAGAACACAAGAUGGGGAACUGAAAAGUGAAGAAAAUAAUUUGAAUGAGAUUUCUCAUAUUUGUGGACAAGAAAAAGAUCUAUUGUAUGAAAAUCGCAUGUUGCAGAAUGCAAAUACCAGGCUAAGAAUGGAAACAGAUAUGUUAAAAACACAAAACCAGGAAAAGGAAAAUAAAUAUUUGAAGAACAUUACAGUACUAAAAGAAAAGACUGAUGACCUUCAAAAGACCGUACAAGUGAAUGGGGAAAGAGUAACAAAAAUGAUAUCCCAGUACAGGGAACAGCUCAGUCUUCUGACAGCUGAGAACACAAUGCUAAAUUCUCAGCUGCAGAAUGAAAAACAAAACAAGGAAAGACUGGAAGCAGAGGUUAGAUCCUACCUCCAUAGCAUGGCUGCUGCUAGAAACAUUCGUGACCAAACUCGGGCAUCAAAAAGAGACCUAGAGCUUGAUUUCCAGAAGGCAAGAGAGAAGUGGUCUGGUUCACAAGAAAGUUUGAAUUCUUAUGCUAAUAUUCUCCUUCAGAAACUUUCUGAAGCAGAAAUGAAAUUCUGUAGCCUAGAAAUUGAGUUCUAUGACACAAAAGAUGCUCUCAAACAAAAGACUUUGGAUUUAGAAAAUGUGCAAAGAGAACUAAGCGAAACACAGUGUCAAAAGAAGGAAAUAGAACUGAUGUAUAAAAAUGAACGAUGUAAAGUCAAUGAUUACACUGUGGAGAAGGAAUCGGUACAGGAGAGAUUAUCUCUACUAGAAAGCAAAAAUCUGUUGCUUCAACAGCAACUCAAUCAUGCUCAGAACACAGCUAAUAAGAAAGAAAAGACAAUAACUGAUCUCCAAACCCAAUUUCUGGCUAUUAUAAAAGAACUUCAAGCUGAGAGUGAACAGAAAAUUCUUCUUCUAGAAGAGAGAAAUAAAGACUUAUCCGAUGAAUGCAAUCAUUUAAAAGAAAGACAAUAUCAAUAUGACAAAAAGAAAGCAGAAGAACAAGUUUCUGUGAGAGAACUUGAGAAACAACUGGCUGAUAUACUAGAAAAGUUCUCCAGGUUUCUGAUCAUCUAG